AUGAAAUCUAUACGAAAUCCAGUAAAAGAAAAAUAUAGUUGUUUUAUAACAACUGAUUAUUCUAAAAUUGUUUGUAUUUUAACAUUUACACAAAAAUUGGAAUCAGAACCUUUUAUAAAGGUAUCUUUUAAAGACGAGUCAAACAUUAGACAACAAAAUAUUAUUCAUGACAUUAUUGACUAUCUAAUUCUUUGUAGAUGCGCAGUCACACAAGUACAUAUAGAAUUUAUUGAGUUAGUUAAGGGGCUUGAUGCAUUUUCUGUUUAUCUUAAUUUAUUUUCUAUUGUUGCAAGAAUUGCUAAAUUAGAAGUAAAAGAUUAUUUGUGUUCUGCGACAAUAACAGAAAACGAUUAUCAGGUACAUUUGGCAUAUUUACUCAAUAAAAAACAAAUCAUAAAUUUAUACUCUAAUGGACCAGUAGAAAAUUUAUUAAAUACACUAAAAUUAUGUAUAAAAGAGGCGGAAAACAAUGCUAGGCUUUUGUUUGAUGAAUUAAGUUAA